GAAGAAUUGGCGGUGGCAGGAAGAAGAAAAUUGGGAGGAGAUAGUGAAGAAGGCAAGAAAUCUUCCGAGAAUUGAAUAAAGCUUAUAAAAAAAACAACCCACACAGAAGCCAAAAAUUACUCCACAGCAGAAGAGAAAUUUCAACAGCAAGUUGAUUUAGGAAAUGGGUGAAGGUGAUGAAGGUGGUUAUGGUAAGAAGGGGAAGGGCCAUCGUAAGGAUAAGGUCAAUGAGGAGGAAGAGGGCAGUGAAUCAUGGCAUGUUGAAGAAGAGGACGAGGAUGAGGAAGUGAAUGGACUAUGGUGCAAGAGCGGCAAAGGGGGUAGGCUUCCUGAUGAAGUAUACAGGGUUAAUAAAUUAAGUGUUGGUGGAAGGUUAAAGGAGAGUGGGGAAGUGAUUGCUAGCCGGGUGCUACUUAACAAUAAAAGGGAAGUGAAUUUCAAUUGCCGAGUCGAGACAUUUGGUCAAAUCGUAAAGCAAUUUGAUGAGAGGAAAAAGCGUUUGGUGGCUGAAAUGGGGUUUGCUGGAUUAUUGCACUUUGUGGAUAAGGGUUUGCCGAGGAAUUUAUGUUAUUGGUUGUGCACAAUGGUAGAUGUGAAGAGGAGGGUAUUGGUGGUGAAUGGGUUGGAAUUCCCUCUAUCGAAGAUACAAGUCCACUGGGUACUUGGUAUCCCUAUUGGUCCGAGGCAUGUACCAAAAGUUUGUGAGGACGAUGCGAUGGAGAAUGAAGUUGCUAGACUGUGUGAAUCAUUUGUUACGCGAUGCCCGUCUGGACCUAGGGGUGUUCGCGGAAGACAAUUUUGGAAGUUAUUGAGGGGCCUUUGGAAGAUGACUCAGAAUUCAAGAAGGCAUUUAUGAUGAUGGCGGUGAAUGAUGUGAUGGCCCCGACAAGUUGUCAUCGAAU